AACCAGGGAGAGAGUGGAUGUUUACAGAAAUGUCUACCUCUUAAGUGCAGACGUUUACUGUACCAAAAUUGCUGUUAUUAUCACCAAAUAAAAUCAGAAUUAUAAAACCAUUUUCAAUAUAUUUUAUUUUCAGGAAGAUGUUCCAAUUUCGUGCAUUUUAAAUUGCUCAACGUUAGAGGUCCAGCUAUGCAACUAAAACAUCUGAAGACGCUCCUAACCCCUCAAGACGGAGCAGCUAAAAUCACUUGCAUGGUAUGGGCGCCCAACAACGCGAAAUUUGCGGUGUGCUCCGUCGACAGAGUUGUGCUUCUUUACGAUGAGCAGGGGGAGAGGAGGGACAAGUUCUCCACCAAACCCGCAGACCCAAAGUAUGGGAAGAAAAGUUAUGUGGUCAAAUCCAUGGCGUUUUCCCCAGACUCAACAAAAAUCGCUAUAGCACAAACUGACAAUAUUAUUUAUGUUUACAAAAUUGGAGAAGAAUGGGGUGAGAAGAAGGUCAUCUGUAAUAAGUUUGUGCAGACAAGUGCUGUAACAUGCUUGGUCUGGCCUGCAGAAAAUGCUAUUAUUUUUGGAUUGGCUGAGGGAAAGAUUCGUCUUGCCAACACAAAAACGAACAAGUCUUCUACGUUAUAUGGCACCGAGUCCUACGUUGUUUCUCUGACAUCCAAUGUCUCGGGGAAAGGCGUACUCUCCGGCCACGCCGACGGGACCGUGGUGCGGUAUUUCUUUGAUGACGAGGGCUCUGGGGAGUCUCAGGGUAAGCUGUUGACGCAUGCAUGCCCGCCCUACGCCCUUGCCUGGGGUGCCAACAGCAUUAUCGUGGCCGGCUGUGAUAAGAAGAUCGUGGCCUAUGGGAAGGAGGGCUACGUGCUGCAGACCUUCGACUACAGCCAGGAUCGCUCGGAGAAGGAGUUCACCACGGCAGCUGCCAGUCCCAGCGGCCAGUCCGUGGUCGUGGGCAGCUACGAUCGGCUGCGUGUGUUCAACUGGAGUCCUCGUCGAGGAUCCUGGGAUGAAGCAUCCCCCAAAGAAAUCCCCAACCUGUACACCAUCACCGCCUUGGCCUGGAAAAGGGACGGAUCUCGGCUCUGCGCUGGCACGCUGUGCGGGGGAGUAGAGCAGUUUGACUGCUGUCUACGGAGAAGCAUCUACAAGAAUAAGUUUGAAAUGACUUACGUGGGCCUCAGUCAGGUAAUUGUGAAGAACCUAUCCACCGGCACACGUGUGGUUCUUAAGUCCCAUUACGGGUACGAGAUCGACGAGGUGAAGAUCAUGGGCAAGGACCGGUACUUGGUGGCCCAGACGUCCGACACCUUGCUGCUGGGGGAUCUCGGCUCCAACAAGCUGAGUGAGGUGGCCUGGCAAGGCUCCGGAGGAAAUGAGAAAUUCUUCUUCGAAAAUGAAACGGUGUGCAUGAUCUUCAACGUUGGGGAGCUGACCUUGGUGGAGUACGGGAACAAUGAGAUCCUGGGCUCCGUGAGGACCGAAUUCAUGAACCCCCAUCUCAUCAGCGUGCGGCUGAACGAGCGGAGACAGAGGGGUGUCGAAGAUAACAAAAAGUUGGCCUAUUUAAUCGACAUCAAGACCAUUGCUAUUGUGGACCUGGUCAGCGGCUACAACCUGGGCACCGUCAGCCAUGACGCCAAAAUCGACUGGCUGGAGCUGAACGAGACGGGCCGCAAGCUGCUCUUCCGGGACAAGAAGCUGCGGCUCCACCUGUACGACGUGGAGAGCGGCGUGAAGGGUCCUGUGUUGAGUUUCUGCUCCUACGUCCAGUGGGUGCCGGACAGUGACGUGGUGGUAGCUCAGAACCGGGGCAGCCUCUGCGUCUGGUACAACAUCGACAGCCCUGAGAGGGUCACCAUGUUCCCUCUACGGGGGGACAUUGUGGACCUGGAGAGAGCCAAUGGCAAAACGGAGGUUAUCGUGACCGAGGGCGUCAACACGGUCUCCUACACACUGGACGAGGGACUGAUCGAGUUUGGAACAGCCAUCGACGACGAAGACUACUGCAGAGCCACGGCCUUCCUGGAGACCUUGGAGAUGUCCCCAGAGACGGAGGCCAUGUGGAAGACGCUGAGCAGACUGUCCCUAGAAGCCCGGCAGCUCCAUAUCGCGGAGAGGUGUUUCGCUGCCUUGGGUGACGUGUCCAAAGCACGAUUCCUCAACGAGACCAACCGGAUCGCCGACAACAUAUCCAAGGAAUAUGGUGGCGACGGCACUGAAUACUACCAGGUCAAAGCUCGCCUGGCCAUGCUGGAGAAGAACUACAAGCUGGCUGAGAUGUGCUACUUAGAACAGAAUGCAGUCAACGAAGCGAUGGAGAUGUACCAGGAGCUGUACAUGUGGGACGAAUGCAUCGCCUUGGCGGAGUCCAGGGGCCACCCUGAGCUGGACAGCCUACGCCGCAGCUACCACCAGUGGCUGAUGGACACCAAGCAGGACGAGAAGGCGGGCGAGGUGAAAGAGGCCGAGGGUGACCUCCUGGGCGCCAUCAACCUGUACCUGCGGGCGGGACUUCCAGCCAAGGCAGCACGGCUCACCAUGAGCCACGACGAGCUCAUCUCCAGCGGCGAGCUCGUCAGCCGCAUCGCCUCCGCUCUCCUGAAGGGGGAGUUCUACGAGCAGGCCGGCGACCUGUUCGGGAAGAUUCGGAACAACCAGCGUGCGCUGGACUGCUACCGCCAAGGGAACGCCUUCCGGAAGGCUGUGGAGCUGGCCCGCGCCGCCUUCCCCGCCGAUGUGGUAAAGUUGGAGGAGGCUUGGGGUGACUACUUGGUCCAACAGAAGCAAAUGGAUGCCGCAAUAAACCACUACAUCGAGGCCGGCUGUUCCUCGAAAGCCAUCGAGGCGGCCAUUGGGGCGCGCCAGUGGAAGAAGGCGGUGCACAUUCUGGAGCUGCAGGAGGACCGGUCCAACAAGAAGUACUACCAGAAGAUCGCGCAGCACUACGCCUCCGUGCAGGACUACGAGGUUGCCGAGCGAUUGUUUGUCAGAGGCGACCGCAUCAGGGAUGCCAUCGACAUGCACACUCAGGCUGGGCACUGGGAGCAGGCUCACGGGCUAGCGCUCAAGUGCAUGACCCAAGAGGAGGUGACAGCACUGUACAUCAGCCGCGCCCAGGAGCUUGAAAAGGAGGGGAAGUUCAAGGAGGCUGAGAGGCUCUUCACCGCCGUGCAAGAGCCCGAUCUGGCGAUCACCAUGUACAAGAAGAACAAGAUGUAUGAAGACAUGAUUCGGUUGGUGGAGAAGCACCACCGGGAGCUGCUGACAGAGACCCACCUGCACCUGGCGAAGGAGCUGGAAGGAGAAUCCAGGUUGCAGGAGGCGGAGUACCACUACACGGAGGGCCAGGACUGGAAGGCCGCCGUCAACAUGUACAGGGCCAGCGACACGUGGGAGGAGGCCUACAGGGUGGCCAAGACCCACGGAGGGCCGGGCGCCCCGAAGCAGGUCGCCUACCUGUGGGCGAAGAAGCUGGGAGGGGAAGCCGCCGUCAAGCUGCUCAGCAAGUUCGGCCUGCUGGAGACGGCCAUCGACUUCGCGGCGGACAAUGGCUCCUUUGAGUUCGCCUUCGAACUGGCACGGCUCUCCAUGAAGCACAAGAUCCCGGACGUUCACCUGAAGAGCGCCAUGUUCCUGGAGGAUGAGGGAAGAUUCUCUGAAGCGGAGACUGAGUUUGUCAAAGCAGGGAAGCCCAAAGAAGCCGUGCUGAUGUACAUCCACAAUCAGGACUGGGCCAAUGCCCAGAGGGUGGCGGAGGCCCACGACCCGGACAGCGUGGCGGAGGUGCUGGUGAGCCAGGCCAAAUCCUGCUUUGAGCAGAAGGAGUACCAAAAGGCAGAGGCUCUCCUGCUGCGAGCCCAGCAGCCAGAGCUCGCCAUCAAGUACUACAAGGAGGCGGGGAUGUGGAGCGACGCAAUGCGGAUCUGCAAGGAGUAUGUCCCGAAGAAACUCGGGCUUCUACAAGAGGAGUACGAGAAAGAGGCCACCAAGAAGGGGCCCCGGGGCAUGGAAGCUCUGCUGGAGCAGGCCAGAGAGUGGGAACAAUCCGCAGAGUAUGGCCGGGCUGUGGAGUGCUACCUGAAGGUCGAGGAUGCCUCUAACGCCGCCCUGCUGGAGAAAUGCUGGACGAAGGCGGCCGAGCUGGCCAUUAAGUUCCUCAGCCAGGAGAGGGCGCUGGACACCAUUCGGGCUGUGGGGCCACGGCUGGUGGAGCUACGGAAGUACAGCACGGCUGCUGAGUUGUACCUCAACGUAGACCUCAUUAAGGAGGCUAUAGAUGUCUUCAUUGAGGGGGAGGAGUGGAACAAGGCCAAGAGGGUGGCCAAGGAAUUGGACCCGAGGUUUGAGGAGUACGUGGACCAGAGAUACAAGGAACACCUGAAAAAUCAGGGCAAAGUGGACUCCCUGGUCGGAGUAGACGUGAUGGCCGCCCUAGACAUGUACGCUGAGAGAGGCCAGUGGGAGAAGUGCAUUGAGACAGCCUCUAAGCAGAAUUUCAAGGUGCUUCACAAGUACGUGGCCCUGUAUGCCACCCACCUGAUCAAGGAGGGGGAGCCUGCGUUGGUUCUGAAGCUCUACUUGCAGCACGGCGUUCCCGCCAACUCCCAGAACUUCAACAUCUACAAGAGGAUGGUUCUGGGCCUGCUAAACUUGCCGGGUCGAGACAGCGCAGAUGCGUAUCGCAUGUGGGCCAACCUCCGGGAUGUCCUCCAGCUGCUAUGCGAGAACUUGGUAAAGUCAGCUGAGGCCAACUCUCCUGCCCACGAGGAGUUCGAGCAGAUGCUGCUUGUCGCCCACUAUUACGCCACCCGCUCGGCCGCGAGAGGCGUGGACCAGCUGAACACGUUGGCCGCCAAGCUGUCCAUCUCUCUGCUGCGCCACACGGAGCUCGUUCCCGCGGACAAGGCAUUCUACGAAGCGGGAAUGGCGACCAAGGAAGUCGGCUGGGAGAACAUGGCCUUCAUCUUCCUGAACCGCUUUCUGGACCUGAGCGAUGGCAUCGACGAGGGCAGCCUGGACGCUCUGGAUCACACGGAUUUCCUCGAAACCGAUAUCCCUUAUGAGGUCCCCCUGCCUGCCAGACAGCACGUCGCUGACGACAAGCGAGAGGAGAUCCGGGACUGGGUCCUGACGGUGUCCAUGGACCAGCGUGUGGACCAGGUGCUGCCCCGGGACGAGCGGGACGUGUACGAGGCGUCCCUGGUGGCCGGCAGCACGGGAAUCCGUUCCCUGCCCUGCGUCAUCACAGGCUACCCGGUGCUGCGGAGUAAAAUUGAGUUCAAAAGACCAGGAAUGGCGGCAAACAAGGAUGAUUGGAAUAAAUUCCUAAUGGCCACAAAGACCACUCACAGUACAGAGUGCCAGGAUGUGCUGAAGUUUGUGAGCCAAUGGUGCGGCGGACUUCCCGCUGCUGGCUUCUCCUUCCAAUGAGCCCUUCCCCACUCCCGCUGCUUGUUCAGUACCCAUCGUGCUGCUGUAUGAAUAAUUUACCUUCCAUCUCUGCCAUUCCUGUUCUAUGUGGCACCCCCCACCACCCUGAAACUCAACAUGACUUUGUUUAUAUAUAUAUAUAUAUAUAUAUAUAUAUAUAUAUAUAUAUAUAUAUAUAUAUAUAUAUAUAUAUAUAUAAAAAUCUGGAUGCUUUAUAAGGUUUAUAAUACAGAAUGAUGUCAACCAAAGGACUGCAUCCCUGUCCGAUUGUCAGUCAUCGCGGUGACCUUAAGGCCCCUCCCACACAGUGCGUGGAUGGGACUUGAGAGAAAAACAUCACACUUUAGUUGGAAGUCGUCAAUCUGUCAUACAGAGCCUGUGAAAAAUGUCUUGUGAGAACACUGCAGUUAUUUAUAUAUGUAUACAAGCUCGCUCUGUGGUGAGCUUUCUUUAUGGGCACAGUGUAUAUACAUUCUGAAAACCAGCUCCAUCGAUUGACAGAUUACACAACAUAUUAUUGUUAUUCAUGAGAUAUGUUGAAAACCUUUACUUCUCCAUAUAUUGCAUAUUAAAUAUAAAAUGCUGAAUAAA